AUGGCAACCACCUCUGGUGGAGACCUGAGCCACUUCGCCAUUUCGAGCGUCUACGGGGAGCUGCUCAGUGAGAUGAGCAUCCUUACUGCCGUUGAAACAGGGCUUUUGGAAUUUGUGUGUUGUCUGGCGGACGGACUGGCACCGCAGGCGAAAGGGCACUUCUUCGGGUCGCGAAAUCUUGGUGCAAGUGGGGAUACGAUGAGAGCAACCAUCGUUUUGGUCGAUGACAUUUCUAGGCAGUUGGGUGUUGGGUUUUCUUGGAAGAAUGAGAACUUUGCCUUUCUGGAGAAGGUUGCCGCGUGGUAA